AUGGAGACGACACAAGGACACCCACAACAGGGUCCGUCCGUCCGCGCACGGAUAUGCGCACGACCACCAACCGUCUCCACUACAAGCUCUAGCUCUACUAGAGUCAGAGUUGCCUUCGUCUUCGUCAGUCGUCAGGAAGAGAUUGUGGACUUGCAGCUGGUGGAGAUUCCGAGUCUCAACUCCAAGGCCCAGGGAGUUGCAGGCAGCGGAGGAUGGAGAAGGAAGACGGCGGCCACCAUCACCACGCCAUCCGAGUCCCAUCUCCAGGUCUAG